CAUCUCCACAAUCCAGCAGGCCCCUCGUUUGAUCGAGCGAAAGCAACCCUGGCAUGCGAUCGCCUGUGACGGCUAAAUGACAACGAGAAUUUGGUAGGUCUAUCAUCGAUCGGGGUAAGUGUCAGAUGAGGAAAACAAAGACUAUAAAGCCAAGAAAGUACACAAAGCCGUGCGGUGUAAAAGUUUUGCUUAAUACUAAAUUAUAUAUAGUUUGAUUUAAAAGUUAUCAAUAUUACUAUUAUUUGAACUUACAUUACUACCUAAUCUAGUGAGUAUAAUUAAAUUUAAUCGAACCUAUAACUAUCCUAAACCUAAAUUAAUAGCUUUUAGGGUACUACUGCUAAAUAGUGCUACUAUCUAACCUAAAAACUAGCCUACAAAGUUGGAAUCGCGCUUGCAGCCAGUACUCUCAAAACAGAUAAAAUAAAACAACUACAGAAAGGGGACUAAACGUGAGUAAAACACUAACAGCUAAAGCUUACACCGAUACCGACCACAUACAUACAAUAAAAUUAAUAUCGAACACACUUAUAGAUAUAGACAAACUACCUUAUAACAAACUAUGUAACCUAUUUACAGGAAAAUUAUAAUAUCUCUACGAACUCCUAAAUUCUGGGUUCUGAUAUUAAAUUUACGGAAGAAAUCCCUGUCCACCUGUUGCCUCUCGCAACAUUUUAUAAUUUUCGUUUACGCAAGCGAAUUGAAUCAUGCACGGCCGUGGUAAUCGUGGUAGUCGGGGUAAAUCGUCCAAGAAUGAUCAGAUCUGUAACCAAGCGUGUACGUGUCAGGACUGCGACAAUCCUGAUACGACGGACAUGGUCCAAUGCGAUGGGUGUGAUAAGUGGAGCCACUUUGCGUGUGUGGGCGUUACUAACGAAGUCGAAAACCAGAGCUGGGUUUGUCACGAGUGCCAAACUGCCAAGGAAACUCAGCUGCAGUCUUCGUCAUCGAAUCAUCGAGAAGGACAUGUCAGCUCUAAGGUUAGUGUCAUCGAAGAACGGACGAGAAGCUCCAAACCAUCUUCUGUGGAUCGAAACAGCCAGCAGGAGCAACGUAACAUGGUGCCAAAGGUGGUAGUAGCACCUGCCAGUGAGGAAGCGCAUUCAGUGAAGACGAAGGAAUCCAUCCAAAGGCCAGCAUCUUCCAAGGUGUCAUCACAAUCACGACUGAAGUUGCAGCUACUGAAGUUGGAGGAGGAACGAGCCUUCGAAGAAGCGCAAGCCGAUAAAUUCCGUGAUUAUCUGAAGGAUAAGUACGAGCUGUUAGAGCAAAUGACAGACCGGACAAGCUCGAACCACAGCGAAUCUAGCAGCCGGGUGAGAAAGUGGGUCGAAGAAAUAAACGACCAGGUGGCUGACGGAAACGUAGCUGGAGGUGCAACAGAACCAUUUAAUCCUGAUGGACACUCCACCGCUCAUCCGAACCCAGCAGGCGGAAACCGUCGGUUAGUUCUUGCAGGACACAAUCGGGUAGAUCACAACAUCAGUGCACCAGAACAUUCUGAACCAUAUGCAGACCAACGUCAAUUGAUCACUAGUCGAUCAGGUCCGAGAAACCCAAACAGUUCUCCGCUGUGUGGUGUCAGAAGUUCUUCCAGGGUAGCCCCCAAUCUCCUCCCCACGGGAAUACAGCAUACGUCUUCCGCUGCUUCGGUUAAUCGAACUCAACGAAAUACUUGGUACAAUACUUGUCCUCCUUCGCAUAGCCAACUCGCUGCUCGACAAGCUGUAUCUAAGGAUCUUCCUCCUUUCUCUGGGAACCCUGAGGAUUGGCCGAUAUUCUUUUCAACGUUUGAGAGAUCCACCGCUAUGUGUGGAUACUCAAACGAGGAAAACAUGAUCCGCUUGCAGAAAUGCCUCAAGGGAAAGGCGUACGAAGCUGUUAAAAGCUGCUUGAUGCACCCAACGAACGUGUCAAGUGUAAUGAACACGUUAAGAGUACUGUAUGGUCAGCCUGAAGCGAUCAUUCAUUCAUUGAUCGUGAAAAUAAACGCAAUUCCAACGAUCAAGGAGGAUAAACUGGAGGCAUUAGUGGAUCUUGCGGUCAAGGUGCAGAACUUUUGUGCAACCGUAGAUGCAUGUGGAUUAGAUGACUAUUUGUAUAAUGUAUCCCUCCUCCACCAGUUAGUAAUCAAGCUACCACCUACCCUGAAGCUGGAAUGGGCCCGAUAUCGCUUACAACUUCCAAGGGUAAACCUAGCUACAUUUGGUGAAUGGAUAUUCUCGCUCGCCGAGGCUGCGAGUGUUUUAACGAUACCAGCCAUAGUACAGCCAAGCUGUCCAACGAAAAUCGCAACCAAUUCGUCAAAGAAGACCAGCACUUUCCUGCACACUCACUCCGAAUGCUAUACAGGGAACUCUCCGAAAUCUUCGAAGGACAAAUCUGACGGUGAUAGCUCUAAAAAGACAACACCAGGCGUCGAUAGCUGCCCCGUAUGUGAUGGAAGAUGCAAGUCUGCAUCGAUCUGUAAACGUUUCCUUCAACUCUCUCGAGAUUCCAAGUGGGCUGCUGUAAGGGAGUUUGGACUAUGCCGCCGCUGUCUCCGCCGCCACGAAGGGAGAUGUGACACGAAGCCAUGUGGAAGAAAUGGUUGUGCGUUCUAUCACCACGAGCUACUCCAUAACGACAACAGAUCCCAACACCCUGCAUCGAGCCACCCGGCAACUACAGCACCACCCGCAGCCCCACAAGCUGGACCCAGCGCAGCACAUGGAUGUAACACCCACCAGUCCGCUGCAAAUGCCGUACUGUUCCGCUAUCUUCCCGUUACUCUGUACGGAAACGGUGAAGCUGUCCAAACUUACGCCUUCCUCGACGAGGGCUCAGCUGUGACUUUGUUGGACCAAGAUCUAGCUGACCAACUGAAGCUAAAUGGCCCUAUCAACCCGCUCUGCCUUCGAUGGACAGGUGGUACUGAGCGCAACGAGAAGAGCUCACGCGUAGUGGAUCUGAAAAUAACUGGUACGCAGAACCACGCUAAGGAGUACCAACUAAAUGGAGUUCGAACGGUGAAAGAGUUGUUACUACCAUGCCAAUCCCUUAAAAUGGAGGAAAUUGCGCAACAGUACCCACACUGUCGAAAUUUGCCGAUCGGAUCCUAUACGAACGUUCGUCCACAAAUCCUCAUCGGCCUGAAGCACGCUUCAGUUGGCCUGGUGCUGAAAAGUAAGGAGGGAAGUUUGGAACAACCUAUAGCCGUCAAAACCAGACUUGGCUGGACAAUAUGCGGGGGAUGUGAUACUAGUAAUACCUCAAACUUUGUCCACUAUACGUUCCACGCUUGCGAGUGCAGCCAUCAAUCCGACGAAGACGUACAUCAAAUGGUAAAGGAAUACUUUUCGAUGGACAGUCUAGGCAUCAUGAAAACGAGCAAAGAUCUGCUGUCAACAGACGAUCAACGAGCCGUCUCACUUCUCCGAUCUCUAACCAAGCUCAAAGGUAACCGGUAUGAGACUGGACUACUAUGGCGCUAUGAUGGUGUUCGUCUGCCAGAUAGUAAAGAAAUGGCAUUACGUCGACACUACGGCCUCGAGAAGCGAAUGCAGAAGGAUCCGGAGUUAGCCAGUGCUCUGAAUGAGAAGAUGUCUGAUUAUCUGGCUAAGGGAUAUGUUCGCCAACUGUCAGAUGAAGAGUUAAACAAACACUACCCAAAAGUAUGGUAUCUGCCAAUCUUUCCAGUUUUUAACCCCAAUAAACCUGGCAAAAUAAGGAUUGUGUGGGACGGAGCUGCAAAAGUAUUUGGCGUUUCCCUGAACUCUGCGCUGCUAACAGGUCCCGAUCAGCUGUGUUCACUCUUUGCAAUAUUGUUGCAAUUCCGUGAAUACCGGGUUGGCGUCACUGGGGACAUACGGGAAAUGUUUCACCAGAUCCUUAUGCGGUUGGAAGAUCAACAGUGUCUGCGGUUCUUCUGGACGGACAAGACUGGCAAAAUCCAGGUCUACGUAAUGAAUGUAAUGUCAUUCGGCGCUAGCUGCUCCCCAGCUAGUGCCCAGUAUGUAAAAAAUAUUAACGCGGACCGGUUUGCUGGAGAGUUUCCUGAGGCAGCUGAUGUCAUAAAGAAGCGGCAUUACGUGGACGAUGCGAUGUUUAGCACCGAGACGCCUGAGCAUGCCAUUCGCCUUGCGCAAGAGGUUCGGCAAGUACAUUCUGCAGGUGGCUUCGAAAUACGCAACUGGGUGAGCAACUCACGCCAGGUGUUAAACGCGCUGAGCGAAAGCAGUACUACGGAGAAGAACAUGGAUAUGUCGAUGGGACCGAUGGCUACCGAGAAAGUGCUAGGGAUGUGGUGGUGCACAACAGCCGACGAAUUCGUAUACAAAAUCGGAUGGAAUCGCUACAAUCCCGAUCUGCUCACCGGUCGUUGUCGACCCACAAAACGUCAGAUGCUCCAAGUCCUCAUGACUAUCUUCGACCCCCUUGGACUGAUUUCUCACUUCCUGAUGUUCUUGAAAAUUCUUCUUCAAGAAGUGUGGCGUGCCGGAGUUCAAUGGGACGAAGAAAUCGGCGAUUCCUUGUACGAGAAGUGGGCCAGAUGGUUGAAAGUGUUGCCGCAGGUGGAAAGCGUCAGAAUACCACGGUGUCUUCGAUCUUCGAUGAUCCCCAGUGACUGUAAAGUACAGCUACAUAUGUUCGUAGACGCCAGCGAAAACGGUAUAGCCGCCGCCAUGUUCCUCCGUUUCGAACACAAUGGCGUCGUAUGCUGCUCUUUAGUUGCAGCCAAGACAAGGGUGGCCCCCCUGAAGUUCCACUCCAUCCCACGACUGGAACUGCAAGCAGCUCUCAUAGGAGCAAGAUUAGCAAGGUCGGUUACGCAAACCCUUCAGACUACGAUACAUCAUGAAUUCUUCUGGACCGACUCUCGUGAUGUGCUCAGCUGGAUCAAUUCGGAUCAUCGACGAUACAGCACGUACGUGGCACAUCGUGUAAGUGAAAUACUCGACGUUACAGAAGCGGAAGAUUGGUUUUGGGUACCGACAAAACUAAACGUUGCAGAUGAUGGUACCAAGUGGGAUACACAACCUGAUCUUACUCCCGAAUCCAGGUGGUUCAGAGGUCCCGAUUUUCUCUACCGUAGCGAAUCGGAUUGGCCGAAAGUCUCGUCGAAGUCAGAUCCUACAGACAACGAGUUACGACCCUCCUUCGUGGCACAUCUCUCCUUGUCCGAUCCUAUGAUUAUCGUCUCGAAGUUCUCUAGCUGGAAGAAGCUCAUCAAUGUGGUUGCUUACGUUCACCGUUUUGUCGGAAACUGCCGUCGAAGGAGUACAAACAAGCCAGCUGAAAAUGGACCGCUAUCUAGAGACGAACUGUAUGCUGCUGAAGGUUUUCUGUUUCGCCUAGCUCAACUAGAAGGUUAUACCGAUGAAGUAGCCUUCUUCUUGAACAACCGCAGUGAUACACCAGAUAGAACCCUUCCUAAAAGCAGCCGUUUAUACAAGCUGACACCCUGGUUAGACGAUCGCAGGGUAAUGCGAAUGCGGAGUAGAAUAGCCGCCUGCCAGUAUGCCACCGAAGAAACGAAGAACCCAGUGAUCCUUCCUAACGACCACCCUGUUACCUCCCUGUUAAUCGCCCACUACCACGAAAAAUUCCACCAUCAAAACCACGAAGCCAUAGUGAACGAACUUCGUCAAAAGUACGUCAUUCCUCGCAUUCGCGUUAAGUAUGCGGCGACAAGGAAGGGCUGCCAGCGAUGCAAAAACGAGUCCUCGAUUCCACAACCUCCAAUCAUGGCGGACCUCCCAGCGGAACGGCUAGCUGCUUUCACACGCCCUUUCACUCAUGUCGGCGUUGACUACUUCGGUCCCAUGGAAGUUGUUAUCGGAAGAAGAACGGAGAAAAGAUGGGGAAUGAUCGUCACCUGUCUUACGACACGGGCGAUCCAUAUAGAGUUGGCCAACUCGCUAAGCACCAGCUCAUGUAUAAUUGCUCUUAGAAGUUUCAUGGGCCGACGCGGAACUCCAAGGACUAUUCGGAGCGACCGGGGUACCAAUUUCAUUGGCGCCAGCCGUGAACUCAAGAACCUGCAAGAAGCAGUCGACUACGAACAGGUUAUGAAGGAAUUCGUAACCACGGAGACGAGCUGGACCUUCAACCCACCUCUGGCUCCCCAUAUGGGUGGCAGUUGGGAGCGGCUAAUCCGGAGCCUGAAGAAAAAUCUGAUGGCCAUCUGCCCUUCAAGGAAGCCAUCCGAAGAAGUGCUGAGGAGCCUACUCACGGAAGUUGAAAGCACGCUGAACUCCCGACCACUCACUCACGUGCCUAUCGAUAACGAGUCGUCACCUGCACUCACACCGAACCACUUUCUUCUGGGGUCGUCGGAUGGCUCGAAACCGUUUACCUCGCUGGAUGACAGUGGCGCCCUUCUCAAACAAAACUGGCGUACAUCACAAGCGCUGGCCAAUCAAUUUUGGAAGCGCUGGCUAUUGGACUAUCUCCCGGACAUUACAAGACGGACGAAAUGGUUCGUCGAUUCGAAGCCGAUUGACCGAGGCGACGUGGUGAUCAUCGUGGACUCCAACCUGCCCCGGAAUUCUUGGCCGAAAGGUAGAGUCAUCGCAACGCAACCAGGCAAAGAUGGUCGAAUCAGGUCAGCUACAGUAAGGACAUCGACCGGCAUAUACGAUCGCCCUGUGGCCAAACUGGCGGUCCUGGAUGUUCGACGCGGAGAGGAGCAAGCCGACCAGACGUCCGGCUUACCUGGGGGGAGUGUUGGCCAUCCCUAGUUGGCUGCGCAUCUCCACAAUCCAGCAGGCCCCUCGUUUGAUCGAGCGAAAGCAACCCUGGCAUGCGAUCGCCUGUGACGGCUAAAUGACAACGAGAAUUUGGUAGGUCUAUCAUCGAUCGGGGUAAGUGUCAGAUGAGGAAAACAAAGACUAUAAAGCCAAGAAAGUACACAAAGCCGUGCGGUGUAAAAGUUUUGCUUAAUACUAAAUUAUAUAUAGUUUGAUUUAAAAGUUAUCAAUAUUACUAUUAUUUGAACUUACAUUACUACCUAAUCUAGUGAGUAUAAUUAAAUUUAAUCGAACCUAUAACUAUCCUAAACCUAAAUUAAUAGCUUUUAGGGUACUACUGCUAAAUAGUGCUACUAUCUAACCUAAAAACUAGCCUACAAAGUUGGAAUCGCGCUUGCAGCCAGUACUCUCAAAACAGAUAAAAUAAAACAACUACAGAAAGGGGACUAAACGUGAGUAAAACACUAACAGCUAAAGCUUACACCGAUACCGACCACAUACAUACAAUAAAAUUAAUAUCGAACACACUUAUAGAUAUAGACAAACUACCUUAUAACAAACUAUGUAACCUAUUUACAGGAAAAUUAUAAUAUCUCUACGAACUCCUAAAUUCUGGGUUCUGAUAUUAAAUUUAC